CCGGCUUUAUUCUCAAAAUUGAUUCAUUGAUACGCGGCAGGGGUUCAGCAUUCAAUCUGAAAUGUUGGCAUCAUUGUUAGCAUCCAACGGAAUGGAGCAAUCUUCCAUUCUUUUUUAUUUUGCGUACAGUAUGGUAUGGGAAUGGAGGAGAGUGACCAAAAUGACGAGUUUCUCUGUGUUUAUGCCAUCCUCUCGUGUUUCAUCUUGUCGGUUACGUACGUGGCGAGCCUCCACGUGUGGAGCUCACCGCACAACAGGGAACAUCCAAGUAUCAUCAAAAAGAGAUUCUUCAGUGUUUUCGUCAUGUCACUGAUCUCUCCAGCAUCUCUGUACUUCGGAAUGAAUGCCAAAGUUUUUCAAAAGGCAUCCAUUUGGGAGCUACUAGGGCUGAGAUGGUCUGGAUUACUCCAGGCUAUUUUCAUUCCUCUGUUUCUGACGAUGGUGCUGUUUCUGGGGCCCCUCAGUAUGCAGGGACUCAACGGACUUUGGCGAUUGUACGCUGAACCCAUGUAUUGGGUGGGAAGUGCAAAAACUCUCAUAUUCUGGAGGAAUCAGGUAGUUGCACCUUUGAGUGAGGAGUGGACAUUCAGGGCCUGCAUGUUGCCAUUACUGCUCCAGUGUUUCAGCCCAACCACUGCCAUUUUUGUAUGCCCAUUAUUUUUCGGAAUGGCCCAUCUUCAUCAUGUAGUUGAGAGGACGAAGAUGGGGAUGGAUGUUAAACAUGCCAUCGUUAUUUCAGGGUUUCAAUUUGCAUAUACGACGUUAUUUGGAGCUUAUGCAGCCUUUCUAUUUGCCAAAACAGGUCACUUUGUGGCUCCAUUUGCAGCUCAUUCAUUCUGCAAUCACAUGGGUUUUCCAGAUCUCGUGGAAGUGCUUGCGUGUGAAAAUCGUCUGAAACGUGUUGGCUUACUAAGCGUCUUUGUUAUUGGUCUAGUGGCCUGGUGUUUCCUCUUGACACCAAUGACAAAUCCCACUUGGUUCAAUAAUAAUCUCUUCUGGCAUAAGCAUUUUCUAUAAUUAUGCACUGGUAGACAAGAAAAUAGUUCCCCAAACAGGUCUCCUUUGAUACAGAAAGAUCGCUAGUUGACGAGACAAAUGUUAUUGGCUAGGAAAAUUGGACGCAGACGAUAAUUUUAAGAUUGGGUUUCUCCGUCAUCACGAAAAUUUGAUUAUUCAGUCGUCUGGGUAUUGCGAUAAUUAGAUAGAAGCAUUUCAAGUGAAUUCUGGUGUCUUAAUUGAUUACUAAUGUACAUAAGAUUUGUGACAAAGUUUUUAGACGAAUAAUAAAUGAUGAUUUAUU